AUGGUCUACAGCGAACUUGGAGGUGGAGCUGUCAUCAAGUACAGCUACGACGAGGACGAAUGGUACCGAUAUCGGAGACCCCUCAUAAGCGAAACUCCCAAGAAUCCUGGCGCUAGGACUACGUUGGCAGCACUGAUGGACACGGAUGCGGACCUUGGAAAAGAGGCUCUAGCCCCGUUCACUCAAAAUACCAACCCCGAGUUCAAGGACAUCUACCAGAUGGCUCACAUCUACAACAGAGAGGGUUACUAUUCAGACUCCCAGGAACGCCAGCUUAAGAAGAAUCUCCGAUUCAUUGGGUUCCGGAAGUUGGAGUCCUACCUCGUUGCAGAGCUCCGGAGCAUGCUUGCAAAUAUUCCGCUCCUCCGCGAACUAGUCAUUCUUCCCUCAAAGGUUCCGAAGAAUGACAAUUGGAACCCCGACGCUUUCUCCGACCACCAGCGUCGAUUCAUCCAGCGCAUCGUGAAGAGCAAGGAGACCGUUCUCCUCUUCCGAGACCUCAAGGUGGCGCGAGACAAUAGUGAGCGGCGGACGAAAGUGACGUUCCGCGCUGACUGGGACGACGCCUUUGAAGAGCACGAGAACAAUCGCCCAAAAUGCCGUAAACUAGCUGCUAGUGGGGGAAAGCUGACUGUGGAAGUUCGCAAGAGGCAGACGGAGGAGCUGCGCGUCUAUUUCGAUGAACAGGUCAACGAAGCUCUCAACGUUUUCCUGGAUGCGGAUAUGCAAGCCGACAAUGAGCGAAUUGCUCGCAUGGAAGCGAAGGUCGCUGAGGCGCAAGCGAAUCUCGUUGAGGCUCGGCAGGCUCUACAGAAGAACCAGAAGCUCCGAAAUUUCAACGCCUAA